AUGCUCCUCACUCGUCCUUCGAGACUAAUACAAGACGCUCAGAAUAGUUUGAGGCGUCUGGCAGCUUUCCAAUGCCGACAAAUCUCUAUACUGUCACAACUGCAGCCUUCGCAAGGAUCUACUAAGACUUACAAGAGACUUGGUAGAGGUCCUUCUUCUGGGAAAGGUAAGACUUCUGCGAGAGGUCAAAAGGGUCAGAAGGCUCGUGGUAAGGUUAAGUCGUGGUUUGAAGGUGGACAAACUCCUAUUUACAAACUUUUCCCCAAGAUUGGAUUUACGAACGUAACAUCGCUGGAAUUGAAUGAAUUGAAUCUUGACAGAAUAAUGUGGUUUCAACGCAAGGGCCGAUUGAACCUAGGGCCCAACGAGGUCCUGGAUAUGAAGAAAAUGAAAGAUUUGGGGCUUGUAACGGGGUCUAUCAAAGACGGUAUAAAGAUCCUUGGUGACGGUAAAGAGUAUUUCAACAUACCGUUAAAAGUUGAGGCCACCCGCGCGUCCCAGGGUGCCAUCCAGGCCAUUGAAAAAGCCGGUGGGGAGUUCACCGCGCGCUAUUUUAAUAAACUUGGGCUUAGAGCUCAUUUGAGCCCCAAGUGGUUCCUCGAAAAUAGAGGCCGAAUUCCUCUACAGGCUAGACCGGUGAAGAGGAAAGACAUUGACUAUUACAGCAAUCCAGCUAAAUCAGGAUACUUGGUGAAGGAAAAUCACACUCUCUUACAGCAGAUUCAAGAAGCGAAAUCUGGGGGUCGUGACAACUUGGCGCGGAAGAGCGCCAAGAAAACUGCUUUGGAAUUGCAAUUGGAAACCGUACAAACUGUGCAGGAUUCGCAACCGAUUCAAGCGACACCAUCCCGCCUCAUCGCCCUAGACUCGUUGAAAAACUAG